UGUGGAGCAUCAGCGGCAGCGGGACAGAGUUCAGUCCGACUCUACGCUGCUUUCUGACGGAUCUAUUUCUCGCUGCUGCCGCGGAGGCAUGUUGGGAUUUACCUGGACCUGUACCUGACUGGACCCGGGACUGAUUUGCCGGAUUCAUUUUUAAAAACCUGCUGUGUCCGCUGGCUGGAGGAGCGCGAGACCACCGGUUGACACCUUCAGCUGCGGAGGAGAGGAUUCACUUUCUGACCGAAAAUCUCUCCUCCCUCCCUUCACGUUUAGCGUCUUUACAGUUCAAUUCAGGGGCUGUUUGUAGUUUAAAUUUAGCCUACAAAGUGGACUGUAAACUGGGUACUGAUAACCGAGAAGUAACGGUCAUUUCAGCGGUCGUUAGAGCUCAAUUUAGACCACUAAAGUGGACUGUAAGCGGGGUACAGAUAACCGAGAACAAACGGUAAUUUCAGCGGCGGUUGCUGUCAAACUUAGCCGAGAAAAGGGGACCGUGAGCGGGAUACAAAGAACCGUGAAGUAACGGUCCUUUCAGCGGCUGAUACAGCUAAUUUUAACCGACAAAAGGAGACUGUAAGGAGGGUACAGAUAACCGAGAAGUAACGUUUUGUUCAGCGGCUGUUGGAGCUAAAUUUAGCUGACAAAAGGAGACUGUUCUCUGGCAAAGACAGUUACGUUUAGGCACAAAAAGAAUAGUUAAGAUUAGAGAAAAAGAGAAGGGUGAGACUUCUGGCAGAGGGGAGAUUUUCGCCACAACACCGGGUCCGUUUAACCCGGUUUAUCUACCCGGGUUAAGUGAACCAGGUCGCUUUCACCAGGUGAUCUGAUCGUCCACACAAUGCUGUCCAGAUCCCGCAGAUCCCCUGGACCCUGAAGGCAUCAGAGAGCCGGAGCUCGCGCCGCAGAGAUGCCGCUGUCUGCGCCCUGCAGGCGGGACAGAACCGCUGCUGCCGCGUCUGACGCGGACGCGGUGGAGCGGCAGCGCUCAGUGAGGGAGCGUGUGGAAGCCGCGGUGUCCGGGCUCGCGGAGCUGGAGUACCUGCGGCAGCGGCAGGAGGGGCUGGUCCGUGCCGCGCUGCCGCGCUGCCGCGAGGCGCAGCGAAACUCCGAGGAGAAACUCCUGGAGGAGAACAUCCUGCUGCUCCGGAAACAGCUGAACUGUCUGAGGCGGAGAGACGCGGGACUCAUCAGCCAGCUGCAGGACCUGGACCGACAGAUCAGCGACCUGCGGUUGGACACUGACGCGUCACAUGACCCGCUGGAGACCGACAGCCGACCCAGCUCAGGUUUCUAUGAGCUGAGCGACUGGGCGUCUGGUUCUCUCUCUAACUCGUCCAACUCCGUCUUCAGUGAGUGUUUCUGUUCAAUGGCUGAAGCUGACGGACGUCUCCUUUCUGCAGACGAUCUGGCCGGCUGUUUGGAGUCUGACGGUUUGGUUGGAGGACUUUGUGACGACUCGCUGUCCUGCGGUACGGUCCGCCGCUCGCUGUCCGCCCCUCACCCGUCCUCCCUGGACGCUGCAGUCUCCUGGGACUCCCAGUCCAAGUUCCACUGUGACCUGCUGGCCAGAAACGGCAGCGACGUGUACCGCUACCCGAGCCCGCUGCACGCCGUGGCUGCCCAGAGCCCGCUGCUGCACGGCAUGGCCGCCCAGUGCUCGCCACUGCACGCCGUGGCCGCUCAGAGCCCGCCGCUGCAAGCCAUAGCCGCCCAUAGCCCGCCACUGCAUGCCAUGGCCGCCCAGAGCCCGCCUCUGCAAGCCAUGGCCGCCCAGAGCCCGUCUCUUCAAGCCAUGGCCGCCCAGAGCCCGCUGCUGCACGCCAUGGCCGCCCAGAGCCCGCCUCUGCAAGCCAUGGCCACCCAGAGCCCCCCGCUGCACGCCAUGGCCGCCCAGAGCCCGCCUCUGCAAGCCAUGGCCACCCAGAGCCCCCCGCUGCACGCCAUGGCCGCCCAGAGCCCGCCUCUGCAUGCCGCGGCCGCCCAGAGCCUGGGCUUCCGGAUGAUGUUGGGUCAUGGCGCUCCCAGCAGAGACGACGGGACGCUGAAAAGCGUUGAAGGACUCAAAGCAGAAGCUGUUGUGUCUCAGAGCGUUUCCUGGCCGGUUUCCCCUUCCUCUUCCUCCCAAACUUCCUCCACUAAGCGCCUGGACAGCUACAUCUUCAGUGUGCUGCAGCGGCGGGCGCUGCCCGUCCGAACGAACAGACCCAGGACCAGCAUCAGCACCGAGCCCUCGAAGAGCAUCCUGCGGCAGGCCAGUCUCUGCGCGAGGCAGGCGGCCGGGUCGGGGACUCUCCGGGCGCCUGAAGUCAAACGAGAAGCAGCGUCAGCCACCAUCUUGUCUCCACACAGGUCUGUGGAUGUUUCCCCAGAUUGCGGCGUUGAAACGAUGCAACGUGGCUUCAAGAUUACCAACGGUGACUCGAGCAUCUCUUCUGUUCCUAACACGGACAGUCUGCUGAAACAGAAAAGCAAAAGGCCUCUUCCUCCCACAGCGACUCUCCCCAAAGACUUCAGGGCGCUGGGCGGUCCCAGAGGGAACUCCUCCCCCAAGGACACCCGGCAGCCAUGCUUCUUUCCCGAGGAAGUCCUCACGACAUCGACCCCCAGGACCGGCCUGGAGCAAACGGAGACGGCUGAAGGCUCGGCGCCGGAGCUGGCCGUGGGUUCGUCCUCCCAGAGUCAGGAUGAAGCCGGAGGAGGAAGUCAGACGCUUAACGCCGAGUACGUUCCCGCCCAGCGGCAGAACGCCAAACAUCGCAAGAAUAGCAGCAAGAACGCCAAGGUGAAGAACACGGCGACGGGGAAGACGAGUCGAGCCUCUGAACACGGCCAACGCAGCCACGCACACACGUCAGAGAGGAGGGGAGAUAAAUCCCGCCCCCGGUCCCGUCUGUUGGAGGACAUCAGAUUCUCCCGGAGACACGCGUCCCACCGGCUUCCUGCGUCCAUCCCAGAAGGCCGAGUCCCGGACAAACACGGCGCGGCGCCGCAGAACAGCGUGCGCUCGGGAGCGUCCAAACACCCCCCCCACCAUCACGGGCGCGAGCCGGUCGCGGUCGUCGCCAAACCCAAACACAAGCGGAGCGAUUACCGGCGCCUGCGUGCGAUCAUGGAGGUACCGUACGACGAGGCGUUCAGGCGCGCUCAGCGGCGCCGGAGAAAGGAGUUGUUGAGCCGAUCUGCCGUGUUCCUUCGCGCCGCCGGCUCCACGCUGCCGUGCAGCCCGUACGCGGUGCCCGCGGCGUGCGGUAGCGACUCUGAGUAUUCGGCCGAGUGUGCGUCGCUCUUCCACUCGACCAUCGCGGACACGAGCGAGGACGAGCGCUCCGACUAUACGGCCGACUGCUUCGGAGACAGCGAGUCCAGCAGCAGCAGCGGUGGCGAGGAGGAGGAGAGUGACGCCACGGGCGACACGGAGGAGAGCGGAGGGGGCGGGACGGGCAGGGGGCGGAGCCAGUUAGCCGCCGCUGCUGCUAACGGCAGAGCGGCGAAGCGGGAAAUGGCUCCAGCUCAGGCGAAGGCUUUCGUAAAGAUCAAAGCCUCGCACAACCUGAAGAAGAAGAUCCUUCGCUUCAGGUCGGGCUCGCUCAAACUCAUGACCACCGUGUGAGUCAGGCCGUCCGGCGGCGGCCCCUUGACACGCUGCACGCUUCUCUGGGUUGGCGCUAGAGCUGCAGAGCUUGUUCCGUUAGUCAACUCUCUGAGAACGGAGGCGGGCGUUCCUACUUUACCGCUGCAUCUGCUUCCUGUCUGUCAGGCCUCCUGCACACUGGCUGCGUGGCGUGAGCGUGGUGCGAGC